UCUCCGACGGAAAGCUGAAAACGUCGAACAGAGGGAGAAAACCAACGAGCGAGAAAGCGAAAAGAUUUGGUUUGGAAUAUCAAUGGCGAAUCUGCCUCAGUCUCUCUCAAUGGGCACGCCCUUCGGUGGUCUCAGCUCGUCGGCUCAAGUUAUGGCUGGAGCUCCGGCGAACAAAGAUCGAAAUUUGGCCUCGGCGGAACAUUUGGUUCUCGAUCUCAGCAAUCCUGAUCUCAGAGAGAACGCGCUUCUCGAACUCUCCAAGAAAAGAGAGUUAUUUCAGGACCUAGCUCCGUUGUUGUGGAACUCUUUCGGUACCAUUGCUGCACUAUUGCAGGAGAUAGUUUCAAUCUACCCUGUUCUUUCACCUCCGAAUCUGACUCCUGCUCAAUCAAAUCGUGUCUGUAACUCACUUGCCCUUCUUCAGUGUGUAGCUUCUCAUCCUGACACAAGAAUGUUAUUUCUCAAGGCUCAUAUACCACUGUACCUAUAUCCUUUUCUUAAUACAACAAGUAAAUCAAGACCUUUUGAAUACUUGCGGCUUACAAGCUUAGGAGUCAUUGGUGCACUGGUGAAGGUUGAUGACACAGAGGUCAUUAGCUUCCUUCUUUCCACUGAAAUUAUUCCUUUGUGUCUCCGUACAAUGGAGAUGGGCAGCGAGCUGUCGAAAACAGUUGCAACAUUUAUAGUUCAAAAGAUCUUGUUGGAUGAUGUGGGCUUGGAUUACAUCUGCACAACGGCCGAGAGGUUUUUCGCGGUGGGUCGUGUCUUGGGCAACAUGGUUGCAUCACUUGUGGAGCAGCCCUCUCCACGACUUUUAAAGCAUAUCAUUCGUUGCUAUCUCCGUUUGUCUGACAACCCGAGAGCUUGUGCUGCGCUAGGAAGCUGUCUCUCUGACUCGUUACGAGAUGGAACCUUUAGCAGUUGCCUCCGUGAGGAUCAAACGGCGAGAAGGUGGCUGCAGCAGUUGCUUCACAAUGUUGGAGUGAGUCGAGUCCCUCCACUUCAAUCUGGCGGAUUCGAUCACAUGCUCGUGAGCUGAAUAAGGAUCAUAAAGUUUCCAUUUUUUUCAUGUGGAUCGAUGCGAAAAUACUCUAGAUUUCGUCUAUUUGAAGAUCCCGUUGUAAAGUUGGUUAGUAUAUUUCUGGGAAGGAAGCUUGUGGAUUGACAAAUAGAAAGAAGCGAGAAUUGUGUGAUGGAAAGGAUCCUUUGCUUCACUGAUGCAGAGUGCGUUCUCUGAUCCCUGUUUCUGCAGCUUCUUUCAAUCAUGGUUCUUCUUCAUUGUUUC